GCUAUCAUGACUAAAAAAACUCAUCACUAAGCGGAAGUUUCCACUUUUGGUGGCGGAAGUAGUGUUGUUGACAACCCGGACGGCGCGACCAUGGCCACUGAAGUGCGGCAGGAGCUCGCACAGCUGAUGAAUUCGUUUGGCUCCCACAAAGACCUCUCAGCCAAAUAUCGACAAAUCUUGGAAAAGGCAGUCCAGUUCACAGAUGCAGAUCAGCUCGAAUCCUUGAAAGCCUUUGUUGAAGCAAUGGUCAAUGAAAACGUGAGUCUAGUCAUCUCAAGACAGCUGCUCACCGACUUCUGCACACAUCUGCCCAACUUGCCCGACGCCACGGCCAAGGCGGUGUAUCACUUCACCUUGGAGAAGAUCCAGCCGAGGGUCAUUUCCUUCGAGGAGCAGGUGGCCUCCAUCAGACAGCACUUAGCGACCAUUUACGAAAAGGAGGGCGACUGGAGGAACGCCGCCCAGGUUUUAGUCGGCAUUCCUCUCGAGACGGGGCAAAAGCAAUAUAAUGUCGACUACAAGUUGGACACCUACCUGAAAAUAGCCCGUCUCUACUUGGAGGACGACGACCCGGUGCAGGCCGAGGCCUACAUCAACAGAGCCUCGCUGCUCCAGAACGAGUCCUCCAACGAGCAACUGCAAAUACAUUACAAGGUAUGCUACGCCAGAGUCCUCGACUUCAGGAGGAAGUUCAUUGAAGCCGCGCAGCGGUACAACGAGCUGUCUUACAAAUCCAUCGUCCAUGAGAGCGAGCGUCUCGAGGCGCUCAAGCACGCGCUCAACUGCACCAUUUUGGCGUCCGCAGGCCAGCAACGGUCCCGCAUGUUGGCCACCCUCUUCAAGGACGAGCGCUGCCAACAGCUGGCCGCCUACGGGAUCCUGGAGAAAAUGUACCUGGACCGCAUCAUCCGGGGGAACCAGCUGCAGGAGUUUGCCGCCAUGCUUAUGCCUCACCAGAAGGCCACCACGGCGGACGGCUCCAGCAUCCUGGACAGAGCUGUGAUCGAACACAAUCUGCUCUCCGCCAGUAAACUUUACAACAACAUCACCUUCGAAGAGCUCGGCGCACUCUUGGAAAUCCCUCCGGCCAAAGCUGAGAAGAUUGCGUCGCAGAUGAUCACCGAAGGACGCAUGAACGGCUUCAUCGACCAGAUUGACGGCAUCGUACACUUUGAGACGCGAGAGCCGCUUCCCACGUGGGACAAGCAGAUCCAGUCGCUGUGUUUCCAGGUCAACAAUCUCCUGGAAAAGAUCCGACAAGCGGCUCCCGAGUGGGCCGCCCAAGCCAUGGAGACCCAAAUGAGUCAGUAAAAGUCGCCCCAGCUACAGCCCCCCCCGUCUUGAAGUUCCGUCUUACCACUCAGAAGCAUCAUCGCAAGGUGCGCCGAAAAGGAAAUCCAUCCCUCCGCCGCUCGCAUCCCAUUGGCUGAAUAUUCCGAGGGCAAACUUUUCUUGCCCCUCCCCGCAGUGACUCAUGUUUGCGUUGACGACACAAGCGCUCUGGUGUGUAAGCCGCGACGACGCUCGGUGUUGACAUAAAAUCUGAUUAAACUUGCACACGGCC